CGCUUCGCCGCCAUGGAGCUCCAGGAGACCCCCGCGCCCCUCCGACCCUCGGACGAGAACCUUCGGCUGCCCAAGGGCGAUGUCCCCAAGAAGCAGCUGUCGGUGGAGCACAUCUACCAGAAGAAGACACAGCUGGAGCACAUCCUGCUCCGGCCGGACACCUACAUCGGCUCGGUGGAGCUGGUCACCCAGCAAAUGUGGGUUUUUGAUGAGGACGUGGGACUGAACUGCAGAGAUGUGACCUUUGUGCCUGGCUUGUACAAAAUCUUUGAUGAGAUUCUAGUCAAUGCUGCAGACAACAAGCAGAGGGAUAAAAACAUGUCCUGCAUCAAAGUCACCAUCGAUGUAGAGAACACCACCAUCAGCGUGUGGAACAACGGCAAAGGCAUUCCAGUCGUUGAGCACAAAGUGGAGAAGGUCUAUGUGCCUGCCCUCAUCUUUGGGCAGCUGCUCACAUCCAGCAACUAUGAUGACAACGAAAAGAAAGUCACAGGUGGACGAAAUGGCUAUGGAGCCAAACUGUGCAACAUCUUUAGCACCAAAUUCACUGUGGAAACAGCAUGUCGGGAGUACAAGAAGUUAUUCAAGCAGACCUGGACAAACAACAUGAGCAAGGCUGGUGAAAUGAAGCUGAAGUACCAUGAUGGAGAAGACUACACCUGUGUCACCUUCCAGCCUGACCUGGCCAAGUUCAAGAUGCAGACCCUGGACAAGGACAUUGUGGCCCUGAUGUCUCGCAGGGCUUACGACAUCGCUGGCUCCACCAAGGAUGUCAAAGUCUUCCUCAAUGGGCAGAGGCUGCCUGUGAAGGGAUUCCGCAGCUAUGUGGACCUCUACCUGAAGGACAAAGUAGAUGAAACUGGGAAUACACUUAAGGUCAUCCAUGAGGAGGUGAAUUCUCGAUGGGAAGUCUGUCUGACUUUAAGUGAAAAAGGCUUCCAGCAAGUCAGCUUUGUCAACAGCAUUGCCACCACCAAGGGUGGCAGACAUGUUGACUAUGUAGCUGACCAGCUGGUGACAAAACUCAUUGAUGUGGUGAAAAAGAAGAAUAAAAAUGGAGUUGGAGUGAAGCCUUUUCAGGUGAAGAACCACAUGUGGAUUUUUGUCAAUGCCUUAAUUGAAAACCCAACCUUUGACUCUCAGACAAAGGAGAACAUGACCCUGCAGGCCAAGAGCUUUGGCUCCACCUGCAAACUGAGUGACAAAUUCAUCAAAGGGGCAGUUUCCUGUGGCAUUGUGGAAAGUAUCCUAAACUGGGUAAAAUUCAAAGCUCAGAACCAGCUGAAUAAGAAGUGUUCAGCUGUUAAACACACCAAGAUCAAAGGUGUUCCGAAACUGGAUGAUGCCAACGAUGCUGGCAGCAAGAAUUCUUUAGAUUGUACCCUGAUCCUGACCGAGGGGGACUCGGCCAAGACUCUGGCUGUGUCUGGGCUGGGAGUGGUUGGGAGAGAUAAAUAUGGAGUUUUUCCUCUCCGUGGGAAAAUGCUCAACGUCAGGGAAGCUUCUCACAAGCAGAUCAUGGAGAAUGCUGAGAUCAACAACAUCAUCAAGAUUGUAGGGCUGCAGUACAAAAAGGCCUACGAGGACCGAGAGUCUCUGAAGACUCUUCGCUAUGGGAAGAUCAUGAUCAUGACAGACCAGGAUCAAGAUGGAUCACAUAUCAAAGGUUUGCUGAUUAACUUCAUCCAUCACAACUGGCCCUCUCUGCUAAAACACAACUUCCUGGAGGAAUUUAUUACCCCCAUCAUAAAGGCCUCUAAAAACAAAGAAGAAAUUGCAUUCUACAGCAUUCCUGAGUUUGAGGAAUGGAAAAACAGCACACAGAACUACAACUCGUGGAAAAUCAAAUACUACAAAGGUCUGGGGACCAGCACCUCAAAGGAGGCUAAGGAAUACUUCGCAGAUAUGGCAAAGCAUCGAAUCAGCUUCAGAUACUCCGGGCCUGAAGAUGAUGCUGCCAUCACCCUGGCCUUUAGCAAGAAGAAGGUAGAUGAGAGGAAGGAGUGGCUGACCAACUUCAUGCAGGACAGGAGGGAACGGAAGCUGCAUGGGCUGCCGGAGGAGUACCUGUAUGGGAAGAACACAGACUACCUGACCUACAAUGACUUCAUCAACAAGGAGCUGGUGCUGUUCUCCAACUCAGACAAUGAGAGAUCCAUCCCAUCACUGGUCGAUGGUCUGAAGCCAGGGCAGAGGAAAGUUCUGUUCACCUGUUUCAAACGGAACGACAAGCGGGAGGUGAAGGUUGCCCAGCUGGCUGGCUCUGUGGCUGAGAUGUCCUCAUACCACCAUGGUGAGGCCUCACUGAUGAUGACCAUCAUUAACUUGGCUCAGAACUUUGUGGGCAGCAACAACCUCAACUUGCUGCAGCCCAUUGGGCAGUUUGGCACCAGGCUGCACGGUGGGAAGGACUCUGCCAGCCCUCGAUACAUCUUCACCAUGCUCAGCCCCCUGGCACGGUUGCUGUUCCCAGCUGUGGAUGACAACGUCCUCAACUUCCUGUAUGACGACAACCAGCGUGUGGAGCCCGAGUGGUACAUCCCCAUCGUGCCCAUGGUGCUGAUCAAUGGUGCCGAGGGCAUCGGCACAGGCUGGUCCUGCAAGAUCCCCAACUUCGACAUCCGGGAGGUGGUCAACAACAUCCGGCGCCUGAUGGACGGAGAGGAGCCCCUGCCCAUGCUUCCCAGUUACAAGAACUUCAAAGGCACCAUAGAUGAGUUGGGGCCUAACCAGUAUGUGAUCAGUGGGGAGGUGUCCAUCCUUGACUCCACAACCAUCGAGAUCACAGAGCUGCCUGUCAGGACAUGGACACAGACUUACAAGGAGCAAGUCCUGGAGCCAAUGCUGAAUGGGACUGAGAAGACUCCUCCCCUGAUCACAGACUACAAAGAGUAUCACACAGACACCACAGUCAAGUUUGUAGUGAAGAUGACUGAAUCCAAACUGGCUGAGGCUCAAGCAGCAGGGCUGCACAAGGUCUUCAAACUGCAAACCAACCUAACUUGCAACUCCAUGGUCCUUUUCGACCAUGUUGGCUUUCUCAAGAAGUAUGACUCUCCCCAGGAGAUUCUGAAGGAGUUCUUUGAGCUCAGGCUGCGCUACUACAGCCUGAGGAAGGAGUGGCUGAUUGGCAUGCUGGGGGCUGAGGCUGCCAAGCUGAGCAAUCAGGCUCGAUUCAUCCUGGAGAAGAUCGAUGGCAAGAUUGUGAUCGAAAACAAACCCAAGAAGGAGCUGAUUCAGCUGCUUGUCCAGAGGGGGUACGAGUCAGAUCCAGUGAAGGCCUGGAAGGAAUCACAGAACAAGGAAGAAGAGGAAGGGGAGGAAGAAGAGGAGAAGGAAGCAACAGCUUCUGCUGGCCCAGACUUCAACUACCUGCUGAACAUGCCCCUCUGGUAUCUGACUAAGGAGAAGAAGGAUGAGCUCUGCAAGCAGAGGAACAACAAAGUAAACGAGCUGGAAACUCUGAAGGGCAAGAGUGCCUCUGACCUGUGGAAGGAGGACCUGGCUGUCUUUGUGGAGGAACUUGAUGUGGUGGAAGCCAAGCAGAGGCAGGAUGAGCUGGAAGGCUGUGUGGGCAAACCUUUGAAGGUGAAAGGAGGGAAAACCAAGGUGAAGAAGCUGCAGGCAGCAGAAGUGAUGCCAUCCCCUCAUGGCAUAAGGGUUGUUCCUCAGAUCACUGCAGAGAUGAAGGCAGAUGCAGAGAAGAAAACUAAAAGGAAAGUAAAGACUGAGAAAAGUGAACUUGAUGUGAAUCAAGAAGGAGGAGACAAAGAGUUUGCAGGCCUUAAGCAGAGACUGGCAAAGAAGCUUAACACUGAGAAAGGUGUGAAGAGGCAAACCACCCUGCCCUUCAGGCCACUGAAGAAGAAGAAACAAAACCCUUGGUCUGACUCAGAGUCUGACUCUGAGCCUGACUUUCAAGCUCUUCCUCAACGGGAGAAAGUUGUUCGCCAAGCAGCAGCCAAGGCCAAGCCCAUCCUCAGCCUGAGCUCAGAUGAGGACCUCUCCAGCUCAGAUGAGGAGUCAGAGUUCCAGGCCAGCAGCGAUGGCAACACCGAUUCAGACACAAGCACUAAAGCAAAACCUUUGCUCAAGCCCAGAGAUGCUCCAAAGGAGACCACUGAAAAAGCAACCAAAGCUCCCAAGCAGAAGGCAGUGCCAAAUGCAGCCCCUGUUCAAGCCCAGGUUGUUGCUGAUGACAGCGUGAGUGAAGCUCCUGCAGCCCCUCCUGUCCUGGUGCCUCAGAAGAAGCCUGUGUCCACAAAACCUGCAGCAGCCAAGAAGGCUGCAGCCAGCAAGGAGCACCAACCCUCCAUCAUGGAGGUGCUGGCCAGGAGAAAGGUGCCCCAAGCUGGCAAGACCAAGACCACAGCCAUGAAGAAGCCUGAGCUGGGCCCAGGGGGUGCCGAGAAGCCAGGGCCCAGCAGGGGCCGAAAGGGCCCCAAGAGGCAGCCCAAGGUCUCCGACUCAGAUUCAGACUCAGACUUUGGCCCUUCCACUUCUGCUGCAGCAAAGAAAUCCAAGCUGGAUGACAACAGCAGCUCUGAUACAGACUGCCAGCCUGUGGCCACCACUGCCCGUGCCAGGCUUGGCCGUGCCAAGAAGCCUGUCCAGUACCUGGAGGAGUCCGACGAGGACGACCUCUUCUGAGCUCCGGGGAUGAGUGAAACCUGCUGCAUCCAACCUGCUCCUGCCCAGGCCUCCAGCAGAGCUCCCGAGGAGCUCUCACCAGCACCUCAGCCUGGGCACUCUUCUUGCUGAGUUUAACCCAGGCAGUUCCUGGCUGAACACAGACUCCUUUUUCCAGGUUUUAACUCCCUUCAGGUUUGAUGAAUAGGAAGAAUCCUCCCCUUGCUCUGAGCCCUAUGCCCAGCUGCUGCUGCCUGCCCUCACCCAGCAGCUCUGGGCUUCUGUUGCCACUUUGUGGUCGUUUUAGCGUUCAAGUAGGGUUUAGAACAAAGCAGUUCAUAGGAAACACCCCCCCCCGCCGGUGCCUUCCCCCUCAGGCAGCUUCCAAAGCAGUAAAUAGAGCUGUGUGUUUGGUUAUCUUAGGUCCUCGGCUUCUCAGGGCUCCACCUCAGGCCUUUGCCUCGCUGAGUGGGCACUCAGGCCCCCUUCUCCCUCAGCUUCUCUGCUCUCUCCUCUGGCUGCUGGCCCCAGGUUCCCUGGCAGGGCUGUGCAGAUGUCUCCUCACGGGGCUGGGCGCUGGCAGCUUUAUCUCCUGUCUGCCUGCCAGGCAGGCCCAGGCUGAGCUGCUCCAGCCCAGGGUCACCUCUGGCUAAGAGCCACUUGUGACUGCCAUGCCGGGUGUGCUGCAGAGCUUCUGCAGCUGCCUGAGGGCAGCGGAGAGGAGAGGACAGAGCAGGGCAGAGCUUCACCACCCAGCCUCUGGGCUGGGGAGCAGCAGCAGGCUGCCCUAGGCUGAGCUGCUCUGCCCCUGUGGCUCCUCGGGGGCCUGAGACUUCUCCUACUUGCUGACCAAGAACUUCCCACAGCUGCUGCCCUGCCUGGUGCCACCUCGGUGCCACUGGUGGGCAGAGCUUCCAGCACUCAAGUUCCUCAGCAGGCGCUGGGAGGUGUCAUGGUCCCCUCCGAGGUCCUUUGCUGGUGUGUCUGGCUGUGCUCUGCUCUCCGUGUGCAGCCUCUCUUCCAGCUCUGUCUCUUGCCUGUCUUUUUUAAGUGUUUUCUGUGUUUUUCUUGUCCUCAGUUUCUGUCUUUUUAAAUAUUUAUGUAAUAAAAGUGUUUUUACUCAAGUUUCUUCAAUAAAAGAGGUUGUCCUCA